ACGUAUGGUCUCGCGAGCGCGCAAUCGGUCAAUACAACAUUGAAAUCACUGCGCCAUCUACAGCUAAGCGUCAAAACAGUCCAGCUCUCGUCUUGGAUAGCCCUGAUGACUGCGGCUUCGUGGUUCAGUCAGCCGUCUCCGAAUCGUCUGCAUAAAAGACUGGAGGAGACGAAGACAAAGAUGGCUGAGUGAUAAUGAGACUGCCCAGCUCGGUGCUUGUCUCGGUCUCCCUGUUCACAGCUGAGACGACGGCUGCGUUAUAUCUGAGCACCACGUACCGCUCCGCUGGAGACAAAAUUUGGCAGGGCUUCACGCUGCUCUUCACGCUCCUCCCGUCAGUCCUCGUGCAGCUCACCCUGAUAUUUAUCCACCGGGACCUCAGCAGGGACCGACCUCUCGUGCUUCUGCUACAUAUACUGCAGCUGGGGCCGAUUAUCCGGUGUCUGGAAGCCUUCUGUAUCUAUGGCAGCGCGGGCACGUUCGAGGAGCCGUAUGUCACCAUCACCCGGAGGAAGCAGAUGCCCCGGGGCGGUCGGUCGGAGGAGGUGGAGCAGGAGGUGGGGCAGGCCGAGGGCAAGCUGAUCACCCACCGCGCCGCCUUCGCCCGCACCUCCGUCAUCCAGGCCUUCCUGGGCUCCGCACCGCAGCUCACCCUCCAGCUCUACAUAUGCGUUCUGCAGCAGGGGGUGUCCAUCGGUAGAGGCACACUGAUGGUCAUCUCCUUGCUGUCCAUCGUGUACGGCGCGCUCCGUUGCAACAUCCUGGCCAUUAAGAUCCGCUACGACGACUACGAGGUGGACGUGCGCCCGGGCGCGUACCUGUGCAUCUUCCUGUGGCGCAGCUUCGAGAUCGCCACGCGCGUGACUGUGCUGGUGCUGUUCAGCUCCGUGCUGCAGAUCUGGGUGCUGCCCGUGGUGCUGGUCAACUUCCUGCUCUUCACGCUGCACCCGUGGGCGCUGUUCUGGCGCAGCGGUUCGCCCUUCCCCGAGAACAUCGAGAAGACGCUGACGCGCGUGGGCACCACCAUGGUGCUGGCGCUGCUCACGUUCCUCUACGCGGGCAUCAACAUGUUCUGCUGGUCGGCCGUGCAGCUGCGACUCUGCGACCCGGACCUGAUCGACAAGGCGCACAGCUGGCGCCGCGUGGCCAGCUACUACGGCCUGCGCUUCCUGGAGAACGGCGCACUGACCCUGCUGUGGCACGCCUACCAGACGGACGUCUACCGCGCGGUGGACGAGCCGGUGCUGGCGCUGCUGCUCCUGGUGGGCUACUCGGCGGCCAUCUUCUUCAUGCUGAUGUUCUACCAGUUCUGCCACCCGUGCCGCCGGCUGUUCUCCGCCAGCGCGUCGCAGGGCGCGUGCGAGUGCUGUGGCUCCUCAUGCCUGCUCCUCCACGGGCACCACGCCGCCCAGGUAGGGCCCGUCUGCGACAAGCAGCCACACCUCACCGACGCGGACAGCCCCGGGGGGGACGGGACCUACGCCACCAACGGAGACCUCAGCCAAAGCUUCUCCAGUAACCCUUAACCCCCCCACACACACACACGCACAC